UCGAUCAACAAGGAUUUGGGUCAGCUGUUUAAAUCUGUCAUGUGAUACAAAUUCAAUAAACUAAACAUUCAAUCUCUCAAGUUUUGCUUGGAAUCCUCCCAUUUUCACGAAAAUGGCCCUUCAUUCAGCCGCCAAAGGUAAAUUGAUAUCGGUAAUCGGCGACGAGGACACUUGUGUUGGCUUCCUGCUUGGCGGAGUUGGUGAAAUAAACAAAAAUCGCCACCCUAAUUUCUUGGUCGUUGACAAGAGCACUGCAGUCAGCGAAAUUGAGGAGUGUUUCAAGAGAUUCAUAAAAAGGGAUGAUAUCGACAUCAUCUUGAUUUCCCAAAAUAUAGCAGAAAUGAUCAGACACGUUAUAGAUUCACACAAUCAACCUGUUCCUGCAGUACUUGAGAUUCCAUCGAAAGACCAUCCCUACGAUGCUAGUAAAGACUCUAUCUUGAGGAGGGCCAGAGGAAUGUUCAAUCCAGAUGAUUUUUCUUAAGUUGCAAUCGAUGGAAACUUAUUUCAGAAGCAGAAAGAUUGUUAAUAUAUUAUGUUGUAUAUAACAUUCCUCUAUUGUCAUCCUUAUUGUAGUUAAAUUACGUGUUGAAAGUUAUUCAAAUUUAUUAAUAUCCAAUCACAAUAAUUAUAGAAAUGAAUCAAA